AUGGGGAGUGAUGGCCAGAUUCCGGGGGAGAGCCGGCCCUGCAACGCGCGGCAGCGAUACCCAAGAGGAACAAAACCUGCAAAACCGGUUCGCAAAGAAUUGGGAUCAGGUUCUGCUGCAGAAGAGAGCGGGCGGGAUCCUCAGCCAGUAGGGGAUAAUUGGGCAAACUCGAGUCAUGGUAAAUUUCAAGUCAUGUCCUUCUCCGUGGGGGACAAGAAGGUAAAUUUUUUGGGGUUACACAUUCGACUAUUUCGGAAGCUAAUAUUAUGCUGCCUCUCAUUUUGGGGAGCAGAGAAAAAAAACAAUCGAACGCCUUUGGUACGGAUAUGA